CUGAGCUAUGGAAGACGAAGAUCAAAAGGAACUGCAACUUCUCCCUACUCCACUCCCCAUUUCCUCGUUGACCCAGAUUUCCUCUCGCUCCUCCGAUUCUUCUUCCCUAAGGUACCGAUCCACGGUGGCGGCUGCGACGGCCGCCGUGGAUCAAUACGAAGGUCCUUCACUCGACUUGCAACUAUCCAUCAGCCUGAGGCCAAUCCAACAGCCGUCGAAUUGCGUCAUAAAAGGCCCCAUAUGCGACGCCACGGGCGGCGUGGAGGCGUUGAAAUGGCAAGCGGCGGAGCAAAUCCGGCUGGCGGCCAUCGAGAAAGCUUACGCGGAGCGAGUGAGGGAGCUGACGAAGAGGGAGAUGGAGAUGGCUCAGUCCGAGUUCGCUCGGGCGAGGCACAUGUGGCAGAGAGCAAGAGAAGAAGUGGAGAAAGCCGAGAGAAUGAAAGAGAGGGCGAUGAGGCAGAUUGAUUCUACGUGCAUGGAGAUCACUUGCCAGUCUUGCAGGCAAAGGUUUACGCCAUGAAAAUCACUAUUAAAUUUCAAUGUUUUUCAUUUAUAUAUAAAAAAUUUAAAAAACCCUUCUUGUUUUAUUCAAUGAUAGCUGAGUUCUUUUAUUAUAUAUCCCAUUCUCCAUGGCUGAGUUGUUUUUUCAAGGGUUUGAAACCUUGGAUUUAAGCAAACAAAACAACACAAUUAAUAAAAACCUAUAUAUAUAUUAUAUAUAUAUAUGUAUGUAUUUGAGAUUCCA